CCAGCCCCCAGGGCGGGGCGGAGAGGAACUACAGCUCCCGGGAGGCCUUUUCCGGCGCGCUCCCAUCGGGCCCUGCGGCAGGAAGAGCCGAGAGAGCGCUGUUGCGCCCGCCGGAACAGAUCCCUCUGCCGGGGUGCGUCACCUCCGCUCGCCGUCCCGCUCGCCGUCCCGCUCGCCAUCCCGCUCGCCGUCCCGCUCGCCGUCCCUCGCUCCGCCGCACCAUGACGGACCGCUACACUAUCCACAGCCAGCUCGAGCACCUGCAGUCCAAGUACAUCGGCACGGGGCACGCCGACACCACCAAGUGGGAGUGGCUGGUGAACCAGCACCGGGACUCGUACUGCUCCUACAUGGGCCACUUCGACCUGCUCAACUACUUCGCCAUCGCCGAGAACGAGAGCAAGGCGCGCGUCCGCUUCAACCUGAUGGAGAAGAUGCUGCAGCCCUGCGGGCCGCCCGCCGACAAGCCCGACGAGUCCUAGGCCUCCUCCUCCAUCCUCCUGUCCCGCCGCCGCCCUCGCCUGUGGUUCCCGCGAAGCACUGACGGGGGAGAAGGCUUGUAAAAUGCUUGCUUCUGGACAGCGCCGGCUCCUCUGACUGUACAGUCCUUCGGAUUUUUUCAAAUGGACAACAAUAAAGCCUGCUGGGCAUUUCUAAUGUUCUGUUUGAUAAUCUGCUAGUAAGAGCUUUUUUGUUCCAAAAGGAAUGCUGUUGCUCGGUGUUAAGCGUUUCAAUACACUCAUCCGAGGUGCAAGACUCGGAUACUUCAUAGAUAGCAUUUUCCCGGCCAGGUCGAUUGAUGCUUGCUUACAGAACUCUGUUGUUUUGAGGAGUGAGAGAAGAAGCUUGUUGGUACUCAGAGAGUUUGAUUUGUUGUUAGCAUUAUUGUGUGGGGUGGCUUGUGGUAUAGCAUAAGGCAGUUGUUCUAGUGCUUUAAAACUCCAAAAUAGCUUUUCUCUAAACCCUAUUUUCUUGGCUCGUCUUCCUCUUUCUUGUACUUUCAAGCUCUUAAAAACCUUGAUCCUCUCUGAUCCAACUUAGAUACCUUUUUUUAUAUUAAUGCUUUCUAGUCAUAUACCGUUUGAAUUUUUUCUAUGUUACACCAAACUAGGGUAUUAAUAUGGGGUUCAGCACUGUUAAUAGGGAAUAAGAACAUGAGGGUUAUUUGCUAGUAGUUUGAAGUAGAAUGCCUCGAGGUGACACAGUCUUAGAUCAGACUGCAUACUGAAUUGAUGUUGAUUCUGAUUUGUCACUUAAAAUAGGCUUUCUAUUCACUUGCGGUAAAAAUAAAUUUUGAGUUGUAAUGAAUGGAAAGACCUCAGAGUAAAACUUAGAGAUAUGUUACUUAGAGAAAUAAAGUUCUCUCAUUUCUGACAUGAA